GCCAUGCAAGGAUGAAAAGAACCAGCUGCUCACCACAAACGCCUGGCUGCAGAUGCAGUGGUAUGACUACUACCUUCAGUGGAACCAAUCAGAGUAUCCUGGAGUUAAGAACCUUCGUUUUACCCCCGACCAGGUCUGGACACCUGACAUACUGCUGUACAACAGCGCUCAUGAUAAGUUUGAUGCGACCUUUAAGACCAAUGUGAAGGUCAACUCCAGUGGCUUCUGUGAGUAUUUGCCUCCAGGAAUAUUUAUCAGCACAUGCAAUGUCGAUGUGAGAUGGUUUCCAUUUGACAUCCAGCGCUGCGAGCUGAAGUUUGGCUCAUGGACAUUUGAUGGCUGGCUGCUGGACAUCCAGAUGAAGGAGGCAGAUGUAUCAGGAUACAUGCCCAAUGGAGAGUGGGACCUACUGGAGGUCCCAGGAGAUCGCAAUGAGGUUUUCUAUGACUGCUGUGCAGAGCCGUACCCCGACGUUACUUUUGUGGUGACUUUACGAAGAAGAACCCUGUUCUACGCUCUCAACCUCCUCAUCCCCUGUGUGCUCCUCUCCUCCAUGACCCUGCUGGUCUUCCUGCUGCCUGCCAACUCUGGGGAGAAAAUCAGCCUGGGCAUCACAGUUCUGCUUUCUCUGACUGUCUUCAUGCUGAUGGUUGCAGAGAUUAUGCCUGCCACUUCAGACUCGGUACCACUGAUAGGUCAGUAUUUUGCCAGCACCAUGGUGAUAGUUGGGAUGUCAGUGGUAGCCACAGUCAUUGUCCUCCAGUUCCAUCACCAUAACCCUGACAGUGGUCACAUGCCACGCUGGGUGAAUCUAGUUUUGCUGCAGUGGGUUCCCUGGUUUCUGCGGAUGAAGCGACCAGGGGAGGGAGUGGAGCCUACUCUUUCCAACAGUCAGGCGGACUCUCAAAGCAAGACCCUGUCCUCUCCAACCACAACCACUACCACCACCACCAUCCCCACUCCAGUGCCCUCCAUCCUCCCACAAAGCCUGAACUCCCUGCAAGCCAGCCUGGCACAGCUCAACCUCCCUUUGCCACACCCACUGCCUCACCGGCCAAAUUCUCAGGCUGUUAUCCUCCCUAAUCCCAUAAACAGAGAUCCCAACCCACAGCCCCAGCCUAAUGGUCAUUUGCCUUACAUGGGCUUCCAGACCUUCCAGACCACAGCAGAGCUGGAACCAGUCCAGAGAAGCAGAACCACCAGUCAUGGUAGGGGUAACAGUGGACUAGGAGAAGGAGAGGGAGCAGCAACAGUAGGGGGACCAGUUGGAAAUGCCCCAAUUCAUCACAACCACCAAUCUUCUAAGUUUGUGAACUCCCCACAAGAACUUCCAGCAUGCCUGGACCCUGACCAAUCAACAGCUUCCGGGGCCUGCGGUUUAGAGACCGGGUCUGGGAGAUCAACUGUGAUGCAUGCCCACAGUGGGAUGAUUCGAUCUGUGGCAGUGGACAACCAGCUGCAGGCUCUUCUGGCAGAGGUGCAGUUCUUAGUUGAACGUGUUCGUGAGCAGGACCGUCAGCUGAGCUUGGCAGAGCAGUGGCAGUUUGCUGCAGCUGUCAUCGAUCGGCUGUGCCUGGUUGGAUUCAGUGUUUUCAACAUCAUCUGUACCAUUGCUAUCCUUAUGGCUGCACCCAACUUUGGAAUAGCACUGUCAAAAGACUUCCUCUGAGAGCCAAAAAAAAAAGGGAUUUGAGAGAGUAAGGAGGUCUUGAGCGAUGAUACAGAUACAGAUGUGCUGGACGAACAAUUGCUGUCGAAGACCGUUGGAAAUAAACAGCAAGUAUUUCAUGUUUUGCAAUCCAGAGUGGACUAUGACAUGUCAUUUUUGUCCUUUGUCCUGUAUACUGUAGACCUGAUCAUGCUCACAGCAUUGUUACACUGCUUUGUUCCAUUAUUUUAACAAUAGUUUG